CUGUGGUCAAGUCACAAGACCUUUUAUUUGUUUACAUUAUUUUAUGAAAUUGUAAAUGCUAUAAGAUGCUUACAUAAGUUACGUAAAUUAACCAGAAUAUUAAAUGGAGCACAAAAUCGAAAUAAACGAUUUACCAUUAGAAAUAUUUAUUGAAAUUUUAUUAAAUAUCGACGGUAUAUCUGUUGGGAAGUGCAGAAGAGUUUGUAAAAGAUGGAGAGAUUCAAUCGAUGGAAGCGAUCAGGUUUGGCGCGAAAUGUGUCGUAAUGAAUUUAGAUAUUCAUCUCAGAUAGCUAAACGGAAAGCUGGGAACGAUUGCCGAUGGUACCAUGUGUAUAAAAAUUUAAAAUUAUGGCUGAAUAUUACAAGUUACGAGAAAAAGGUGCGGGAAUUUUACAAGUUUUCUCUUCACGAUAAAUCACACAUUCUAGAAAUUGAUUAUGGUGUUUUACCUUUGAAGGACGCAAGGGGUGUAGUUUUCUACGAUAUUAGCACUUUAAAAUACAUACCGGUCGCAUUCUCCGAUGUUACAUGCAGUAAAAUAGCUAACAAUGAUGAUGUUACAAUUGUUUUUACAAAAUCGGGAUUGUAUAUACAAAAAUGCGUCGACUCUAGCAAUGUGACUGAAGAGUUUUUUAAGGCAGAUAAUUUCGUACUCGCCGGAGAUGAAUUAUACUAUUAUAAGAAUAGAGAUGUAUAUAAAUGUGAUUUAACAUCGACAAAUAUAUCAUCGAAUUUAAUAUUACAUAGCAAAUAUAAUAUAAAAGAGAUUCAAUAUUGUGAUAAGAUUCUACAUUUGUUCACAACAUGUGGUAAAAUAUUAAACAUCACCAAAGAUAAUGUAACGGAAAAAUUAAUAAACUGUCCGAUAGAAUGGGUGAAACAUUUAAGAAAUAUAUAUGCAAUAAAUGAUCGUAAUUUUGUCUGUUACUCUCGACAUAUAUUUAAACUAGACACAGAUCUAUAUCAUCAUUUGUAUUUAGAAUUCCCACCGAUAACAGCUUUAUUUUUCUACGCUGAUGUAGUACUUAUCGCUACAAGGGCUGGAGAAUUACUAUUAUAUCGUCUAUCUAGUCAAAAAACUGGCAGAAUGUCUAGACCUAUAUUUGAGACAUUGGCAAUUUUCCCUGAAGGCAAAUUCGCAGUACAAUUAGAUGUUUGUGAAAGGAAAAAUGGACCUCUAAUAAUCGCUUCAACAUUUUUUGAAGUCAUUCUUGUUGAAUACAACUUCUUUCCUCAUGAAGAAGAAGCUAAAUGCAGUUUUCCAGUGACCAAAAUCGGAAUGUAUAAAAGAUUACUAAAACUUAAAGAUAGACUGUAAAUAUAUAGACAAGCAAGUUUAUUUGGAAUGGUAAUAGGUAGUUAAUUUGUAAACAUCAACUUGCCCUUAUCACUUACGGAGGCUUGGCAGUGUAUGUGCUGCUUUCAUACGUUGCUAUUCACUCCUUUCUUAAGCAUAACCUUUUUCACACAAUCCAUUCAUACUUUCUUCGGUCUUCCUCUACCUUUGCAGCCAUCCACAUUCAUUCAUUAGGUAGUCAAUUUGUAAAUAAUUUGCCAAUAUGUGUACAACAAAUGAUUGAUUUUGUUUGGUUAUAGGUGUAAAAUAUUUUAAAAACAUUGUAAUUAUGCUGUUUAUGUUUGUUGGUUAUAGAUAAUAUUAUGUAACUUAAAAAGUUUAGUGAAUUGUGUGUUGUUUGUUUAAAUUGUUUUAUUAAUUACACUAAAAACAUAAAUAUUAAUAUCAUCAUCAUCAGGAUUUUUUUGCCCGCUGCUGGGCAUAGGCCUUCCCCAAUGCCUUCCACAGAAUGCGGUCCUCCGCCUUCCGCAUCCAACGACUUCCCGCCGUGCGCACUAAGUCGUCGGUCCAUCUGGAGAGAGGACGUCCCACGUUCCUCCCUGUCCGUGGCAUCGAUUCUAGGACUUUCUUUCCCCACCUGGCGUCCUUGGAUAUUUAAUAUAUAUUGUUAACUAUUUAACUGCUUAAGUUAUUACUAUUUUUAUAUAUUUAAUUCUUUGAAAAAACUGAUUUAAAUUAAAAAAUCCAUAGAUAUUUAUAACUAUUUAGUAUCCAAAUAAUGUAUUGUGAAAAAUAAGUUUUAUUUCAUUCUAUUAAUUGGUAAGGAAAUGUUUUCUUAUUACUUUAAA